AUGCGUCCUGAAAUCGAUGCUUCAAGAAGUUUACAAUCUCCCUCACAAUCGUACUCGAAUGGAUCAGGUAUGCGGUCUCCAGAUCGCACCGUUAGGCUUGGGAAGAUCGCUAACGGUAGUUCCACCAAAGAGGAAAGUAACGGGUCCAUCUCGCAUACAAAUGGCGCCUCAGCGAGACUCCGCAGAACAGAGACAUUCUUUGGACACGAUCGAGAAGAAGUGACUCGAAUACUAAUCCAGAGUUUGUCAGACCUUGGAUAUCAUAAUGCGGCAGAGUCUCUGAUAAGCGAAAGUGGCUAUGAGCUUGAGGGUCCAACUGUUGCAGCAUUUCGUAGCGCUGUGCUCGGUGGCGAAUGGGCUGAGGCAGAGGCCCUACUAUUUGGACUGCAUAGUGAUGGGGUGAGCCUUUAUGAAGACGGUCCUCCACUUGGCAAAUCUAAUGGCAAGGCGGCUAAAUCAUCCUGGUACUCCAAGAACUAUACGAAAGGUCUUACUCUAGCAGAGAGCGCAGAUAAGAACGAAAUGAGAUUCUGGAUGAGGCAGCAGAAGUAUCUGGAGCUCCUUGAGCAGCGGGAUAUCGGCGCAGCGCUAAUGGUACUUCGACAAGAACUCACACCUUUGCACCAAGAUGUAUCGCGGCUCCACAGCCUCUCAAGUCUCAUGAUGUGUGGAUCUGCUGAAGAUUUGAGACAAUACGCGCAAUGGGACGGCGCCGCAGGGCAGUCUCGAAAGCACUUGUUGUCAGAGCUGUCCAAACGCAUCUCUCCAAGUGUCAUGAUUCCGGAGCAUAGGCUUGCGAUACUCUUGGAUACUGUCAAAAGCAGCUGGGUUUCAAGUUGUCUGUACCACAAUACAUCUGCGUCGCCGUCCCUCUAUGUCGACCAUGUAUGCGACCAUGGCGACUUUCCGCGAAAGCUUGAUGUGACACUCUCUGAUCACAUGGAUGAAGUAUGGUAUCUACAAUAUUCUCACAACGGUUCCAGACUGGCUACAGCCGGCAAAGAUGGUAAAGUUAUCAUAUAUGAUACAUGUUCACAAUCCGUGCUCAUGGAGCUCGAGCACGAGGGUGGCGUUUGCUAUCUCGCAUGGAGUCCCGACGACACAAAACUGAUAACGUGCACCCAGGAGCAGGGAUCAGACACGACUGCACGUAUGUGGGACGUGGGAACUCAAAUGGUCCUACUUGAAAUGACAGACUUCACAUAUCCAGUAAUGAGUGCAGCAUGGGCACCUAACGGCGAGUCCUUCGUGACUGGCUCACAGGACGCGGAGAAUGCACUGAUUAUGUGGGAUACUAAGAAGGGAGUCAAAAUACAUCAAUGGAAAGAGGAGCACCUCCGCGUUGAUGAUCUCGCUAUAUCCCCUGAUGGGGAACGACUUGUGGUAGCCACAAACGGUACGGCUGGCCGAAUAUUUGUCUAUGACUACGUCACACGAGGGAAAGUGCGAGACUGGGUGUUUGAUGGUGUCAGAAUCACUUCAGUGAACAUCAGUCGUGACUCCAAGACUCUCCUCGUGAGCGUAAACAACAACAAAACGAAGCUGAUCGAUCUGGACACCGGGGAUACUGUUAGAAACUUCAUAGGCCACACACAAGAGAACUUUGUUAUACGGAGUAAUUUUGGUGGUGCCUCAGAAACUUUCGUGGUCAGCGGAAGUGAAGACAACCGAAUAUACGUUUGGCGAACGUCAGGGCUGGGCCUAGUUGAGAUCAUCGAGGCUCAUAGGGGUUGCGUCAAUGCCGUGUCUUGGCAUCCUAUAGAUCCACUCGUCUUUGCGUCUGCAGGCGAUGAUGGCAAAGUCAAGAUAUGGACCGUCCCAGGCCACUCCUUGGCGAUAAGACCUGACGGCGCAGAACCAUAG